AGCGCGGAGCGGCCGCAGCGGAGGAAGGGGAAGCUCCGCUGCCGGCGGGGCUCCGUCAGGCGCCCGUUCCCGGUUCCCCGGUGGGGUUCCAACUCUUCCCCCAGCCCCUCCGUGAAGGGGUCGAUUCCGAGCAGUCGGAGCGGCGCGAGGCCGCGGCCCCACCGGCGCCAUGCACGGCGGGCCGCCCUCGGGCGACAGCGCCUGCCCGCUGCGCACCAUCAAACGAGUCCAGUUCGGCAUCCUGAGCCCCGAUGAGAUGAAACGGAUGUCGGUGACCGAGGGGGGCAUCAAGUACCCCGAAACCACCGAGGGGGGACGCCCCAAACUUGGGGGGCUCAUGGACCCCCGGCAGGGCGUCAUCGAGAGGACGGGGCGCUGCCAGACCUGUGCUGGGAACAUGACGGAGUGUCCGGGCCACUUCGGCCACAUCGAGCUGGCCAAGCCCGUGUUCCACGUGGGCUUCCUGGGGAAAACCAUGAAAAUCCUGCGCUGCGUCUGCUUCUUCUGCUCCAAGCUGCUCGUGGACUCGAACAACCCCAAGAUCAAGGACAUCCUGGGCAAGUCCAAGGGGCAGCCCAAGAAGAGGCUGACGCACGUCUACGACCUGUGCAAGGGCAAGAACAUCUGCGAGGGCGGCGAGGAGAUGGACCACAAGUUCGGGGUGGAGCAGCCCGAGGGCGACGAGGACCUCACCAAGGAGAAGGGCCACGGCGGCUGCGGGCGCUACCAGCCGCGCAUCCGGCGCUCGGGGCUGGAGCUCUACGCCGAGUGGAAGCACGUCAACGAGGACUCGCAGGAGAAGAAGAUCCUGCUGAGCCCCGAGCGCGUGCACGAGAUCUUCAAGCGCAUCUCGGACGAGGAGUGCUUCGUGCUGGGCAUGGACCCCAAAUUCGCCCGGCCCGAGUGGAUGGUGUGCACCGUGCUGCCCGUGCCGCCGCUGUCCGUGCGCCCGGCCGUGGUCAUGCAGGGCUCGGCCCGAAACCAGGAUGACCUGACCCACAAACUGGCCGACAUCGUCAAGAUCAACAACCAGCUGCGGCGCAACGAGCAGAACGGCGCGGCCGCGCACGUCAUCGCCGAGGACGUCAAGCUGCUGCAGUUCCACGUGGCCACCAUGGUGGACAACGAGCUGCCCGGCCUGCCCCGGGCCAUGCAGAAGUCGGGGCGCCCCUUGAAGUCCCUGAAGCAGCGGCUGAAGGGGAAGGAGGGCCGGGUCCGGGGGAACCUCAUGGGCAAGCGCGUGGAUUUCUCCGCCCGCACCGUCAUCACCCCCGACCCCAACCUGGCCAUCGACCAGGUGGGAGUGCCGCGCUCCAUCGCCGCCAACAUGACCUUUGCCGAGAUCGUCACCCCCUUCAACAUCGACAGGCUGCAGGAGCUGGUGCGCAGGGGGAACAGCCAGUACCCGGGGGCCAAGUACAUCAUCAGGGACAACGGCGACAGGAUCGACCUCCGCUUCCACCCCAAACCCAGCGACCUGCACCUGCAGAUCGGAUACAAGGUGGAGCGUCACAUGUGCGACGGGGACAUCGUCAUCUUCAACCGGCAGCCCACGCUGCACAAGAUGUCCAUGAUGGGCCACAGGGUCAGGAUCCUGCCCUGGUCCACCUUCCGUCUGAACCUGAGCGUCACCACGCCCUACAACGCCGACUUUGACGGCGACGAGAUGAACCUGCACCUGCCGCAGUCGCUGGAGACGCGCGCCGAGAUCCAGGAGCUGGCCAUGGUGCCCAGGAUGAUCGUCACCCCCCAGAGCAACCGGCCCGUCAUGGGCAUCGUGCAGGACACGCUGACGGCCGUGCGCAAGUUCACCAAGAGGGACGUCUUCCUUGAGAGGGGCGAGGUGAUGAACCUGCUGAUGUUCCUGUCCACGUGGGACGGCAAGGUGCCCCAGCCGGCCAUCCUGAAGCCGCGGCCGCUGUGGACCGGGAAGCAGAUCUUCUCGCUCAUCAUCCCCGGCCACAUCAACUGCAUCCGCACGCACAGCACCCACCCCGACGACGAGGACAGCGGCCCCUACAAGCACAUCUCCCCCGGGGACACCAAGGUGAUCGUGGAGAACGGGGAGCUGAUCAUGGGCAUCCUGUGCAAGAAGUCCCUGGGGACGUCGGCCGGGUCCCUGGUGCACAUCUCCUACCUGGAGAUGGGCCACGACACCACGCGCCUCUUCUACAGCAACAUCCAGACCGUCAUCAACAACUGGCUGCUCAUCGAGGGUCACACCAUCGGCAUCGGGGACUCCAUCGCCGACGCCAAGACCUACCAGGACAUCCAGAACACCAUCAAGAAGGCCAAGCAGGACGUCAUCGAGGUGAUCGAGAAGGCCCACAACAACGAGCUGGAGCCCACCCCGGGCAACACCCUGCGGCAGACCUUCGAGAACCAGGUGAACCGCAUCCUCAACGACGCCCGCGACAAGACCGGCUCCUCGGCGCAGAAGUCCCUGUCCGAGUACAACAACUUCAAGUCCAUGGUGGUCUCGGGGGCCAAGGGCUCCAAGAUCAACAUCUCCCAGGUGAUCGCCGUGGUGGGCCAGCAGAACGUGGAGGGCAAGCGCAUCCCCUUCGGCUUCAAGCACCGCACGCUGCCGCACUUCAUCAAGGACGACUACGGCCCCGAGAGCCGCGGCUUCGUGGAGAACUCGUACCUGGCGGGGCUGACGCCCACCGAGUUCUUCUUCCACGCCAUGGGCGGGCGCGAGGGCCUCAUCGACACCGCCGUCAAGACGGCCGAGACCGGGUACAUCCAGCGGCGCCUGAUCAAGUCCAUGGAGUCGGUGAUGGUCAAGUACGACGCCACGGUGAGGAACUCCAUCAACCAGGUGGUGCAGCUGCGCUACGGCGAGGACGGGCUGGCCGGGGAGAGCGUGGAGUUCCAGAACCUGGCCACCCUCAAACCCUCCAACAAAGCCUUCGAGAAGAAGUUCAAGUUCGACUACACCAACGAGCGGGCGCUGCGCCGGACGCUGCAGGAGGAGCUGGUCAAGGACAUCCUGUCCAACGCGCACAUCCAGAACGAGCUGGAGCGCGAGUUCGAGCGCAUGCGCGAGGACAGGGAGGUGCUCAGGGUCAUCUUCCCCACGGGGGACAGCAAGGUGGUGCUCCCCUGUAACCUGCUCCGCAUGAUCUGGAACGCGCAGAAGAUUUUCCACAUCAACUCGCGCCUGCCCUCGGACCUGCACCCCGUCAAGGUGGUGGAGGGGGUGAAGGAGCUGAGCCGGAAGCUGGUGAUCGUGAACGGGGAGGAUCCCCUGAGCCGGCAGGCGCAGGAGAACGCGACGCUGCUCUUCAACAUCCACCUGCGCUCCACGCUCUGCAGCCGCCGCAUGGUGGAGGAGUUCCGCCUCAGCGGGGAGGCCUUCGACUGGCUGCUGGGGGAGAUCGAGUCCAAGUUCAACCAGGCCAUCGCGCACCCCGGCGAGAUGGUGGGCGCUCUGGCCGCGCAGUCUCUGGGCGAGCCGGCCACGCAGAUGACCCUCAACACCUUCCACUACGCCGGCGUGUCGGCCAAGAACGUCACGCUGGGCGUGCCGCGCCUCAAGGAGCUCAUCAACAUCUCCAAGAAGCCCAAGACGCCGUCGCUCACCGUGUUCCUGCUGGGACAGAGCGCCCGCGACGCCGAGCGCGCCAAGGACAUCCUGUGCCGCCUGGAGCACACCACGCUGCGCAAGGUGACGGCCAACACCGCCAUCUACUACGACCCGAACCCCCAGAGCACGGUGGUGGCCGAGGACCAGGAGUGGGUCAACGUCUACUACGAGAUGCCCGACUUCGACGUCAGCCGCAUCUCGCCCUGGCUGCUGCGCGUGGAGCUGGACCGCAAGCACAUGACGGACCGCAAGCUCACCAUGGAGCAGAUCGCCGAGAAGAUCAACGCCGGCUUCGGCGACGACCUCAACUGCAUCUUCAACGACGACAACGCCGAGAAGCUGGUGCUGCGCAUCCGCAUCAUGAACAGCGACGAGAACAAGAUGCAGGAGGAGGAGGAGGUGGUGGACAAGAUGGACGACGACGUCUUCCUGCGCUGCAUCGAGUCCAACAUGCUGACGGACAUGACGCUGCAGGGCAUCGAGCAGAUCAGCAAG